GGGAGCUCUGGCGUCUCGACAGACCCAGACUGCUGGGACCGUCAGGGUGGGCUGAUCAGGGGCCAAACCCAGCUACCAUCAUGUCUGGAAGGAGAAGCCACUGGCGCUCUCACCGACAUAAGAGGCACGGUCUGUCCCGCUCCAUGAGAGCCAAGCUCCAGUUCCCGGUUAGCCGCGUGGACCGCCUCCUGCGGGAGGGUUGCUAUGCCCAGCGCCUGAGCUCAUCCACACCGGUCUUCCUCACUGGCGUUCUCGAGUACCUGACGGCCAACAUCCUGGAGCUGGCGGGCCAGGAGGCCCGCAACCACCACAAGAUGCGCAUCACCCCGGAGCACGUGCAGAGGGCCCUGGUGAACAACCAGCACCUGAGCUGCCUCUUUGAAGACAUCACCUCCCUGCCGGCCAAAGGGGCGCCCCGGCUCAGGAAGUGCUGAGGCCCGGGGACCAGAGCCCACAGCCUCCUCUAGG